AUGAACAACUCUGCAGUGAACUUCACCACAUCUGAAACAUCUAAAGACUCUAUAACUGAUUCUUUCUGGUUAUGGGAAAUUGUGAAAAUUUGUGUGUUUAGCAUCAAUGUGCUGUUUGGUUUUCCUACACAUGCCUAUGUCAUAUGGCUCAUCAUCUCAGGAACAGGAAGUGGAGUUGCAUCAGAGUUCUUCAACCUCAAUCUCUCUGUUUGUGAGAUUGGCACCUGUCUGAAUUGUUUUCUUUAUAUCGUGUCACUUUGCUUUCCAAGUAUCUCAAAUUUACUACUGUUUUUACAAGGACUAGUCUUCACUGGACGUCCUCUGUUUCAGUGUCUGAUCUGUGUUGAGCGUUACCUGGCAGUGGUUCAUCCUGUAACCUUUCUGAAGUACAAAUCUCUCAGAUACAGAGUAAUUUGUUCAAUUUUGUCUUGGAUGAUUUGUCUUGGCUCCUGUUUCUUCUGCUUAUUUAUUGACUUUAUAAAGCACAGUCAAAUAAAUGCACCAGUCUUCUCGCUGCAGUUCCUGCUUGUCCUCUCCAUCCAGUUGUUUUGUCUUGUGGCUGUUCUUAGAACUCUGAAGCAGUCAGGACCAGGAGAAAGAAGGGGAGACAGAGUGGAAGAAAACCACAUGAAGAAAAGAGCGUUUCACCUCAUUCUCAUAUCUACUGUGAGCAUGACUAUCAUAGAUGUGCCAUUUAUUAUCGCAGGAUUAAUUACCAUUCUAACAAACCAGUAUUUUAAUUUUCUUUGGGUCACUGGUGUGGUUUGUUAUGUAGCGGCUGGUUUUGUGCAACCUGUUCUUUAUCUGCAACGCACUAGAAAACUCUCCUGCCUUUGUGUCUAA